GGUGUAGCCUGAAGUGCUUGCCGCUGAAUAGAUCAGAUUUGUUCAUUAAGUCGUAAAAAGAAGAGAUCAGGCGUGCGAGGCACGGAAUACGAUGCCGGCGUAGCUGUUAGGUUAAGCUUUUCCCAAUGUUAUAGCGCGCAUCGUUUCCACAAAGAUGCCUUCGUCGCCCAAGCGCAGGAAGGAACGCGAACGCCCCAGACGCCGAAAGCGUUCCAGGGACCGGAGCGACAGAGAUCGAUCCGGGGGGCGUGACCGCAAACGUUCAGCCGAACGGGAAAGAGAUCGGGACCGGGACCGGGAACGAGGCAGAAGGAAGUCGCGAUCCAGAUCCAGAUCACGUUCGAGAUCGAGGUCAUACGAACGAAACCUGGAUAAACCCACUGCUUCCUCCUCGUCGUCGUCACGUCGUGCCGCCCAGAUGAAGCCCAUGGUACCUGAAUCUGAACUGGAAGGCAAAACGCCAGAAGAGCAAGAGAUGCUUAAAACGAUGGGCUUCUGUGGGUUCGAUACGACGAAAGGCAAAAAGGUGGAAGGCAACGAUGUCGGCGAAGUGCAUGUCAUAUUGAAACGCAAAUAUCGGCAGUACAUGAACCGCAAGGGAGGCUUCAAUCGGCCGCUGGAUUUUGUUGCUUAACGACGCUCAGGGAUGGGAACGAUGGCGCGCGAA